AUGGCUUUGGGUAUGGCGGACAAGGAUGUGCGCUACCAUUCGAUGGAUGGAGAAGGUGAAUCCAGAGAGUCCCAGCUGACUGUGUGCCAGAGGUGUGGCAUUGGCAUGCUAUGCCUGGUAAUGACCUGCUACUUUAUUCCGAUGCUCUCCUUCAUUCCCCUGGCCUUGUUUGGUGGACUUCAUACACCAAGCCCAUGGGAUGGUCAUUACAACAAGGUAGCACCGGAACCCAAUAUCCCGGCAAAGGAGAUGCCGACCGGGAGAUGGUAUUGGAAUUUGCCCCUGGUCACGUUGAUUCUUCUUUUGGUACCCAGUGGCAUCAUUUUUCUCAUGUACCAGCUGAAGAUGCGAAGUCUGACACACCAGAAGGCACCUGCCCGGCCGGGGGGCCUCCUGGAUGCCAUGCGGCAGAGAGGCACUUUGCCGGGCUCGCGGCCCAUGCCAAGAUCGCCCUCCAGUCCAGCAGUGGAGCCGCAGGUCGCCUCACCCGGUAGCGCCGGUGCGGAGCGGAAGAGGUCGCGAGAUGAGUCUCCAGAAGCCUUGAGAUCUAGGCCUCUUCCGCAGAACGUGAGGCCCACUGCGGCGAAGACCAAAGUCGCUCCCAUGACUGGAGCGAACAAGGACCUUAAAGCCUCGCCGCCAACGCCGAAGCUCAAAGCUAAGCGACCGCCGGUGCCAGCCUUCAAGUCGGAGCUUGAACCGUGGUUAGUGCUCCGCCAGAUGCCACUGCCGCCGAAAAAGCCGGAGGACAACUAUGAGAUCUCGGACAAAGGCUCCGAUUCAGAGGAAGAAGAUGAUAGAAGCAGCAAAACCAUCCCAGAGUGGAGCGAGAAAUACCUCGAGCUGCUGCAAACGCAGUCUGACAUAGAUGCUGACACGAUCUUUGGAAGUCGUGUACCAAAGUGUGACUUGGAGGAUGUCUUCAAAGACAGUGACUAUAUGAAGUUUCAAACCGAGCGUCCGCCCCGACGACGUGGUUCCUCGGGCGAGUGGCGUCAUGACAGUCUCAGCAGGGAAGAAAUUUGCGCCUACAAGCGCAAGACAGGGCAGUUGCAGAGGUGGCAGGCAAAAGCAUAG